AUUUAGUUGUUUCAGAGAAGUCAACGUGUUUUGUGUGGUGCCACUAUAAUUUUUAGGAGCUCGAAAAUAAUUUGAUAAAGAAUGCCAAAGACAAUGAUGAAUUCGCGGAAAAAGGCAACAUGGAGCGCAGAACAGCUUCAGGAAGCUAUAAAUGCAGUUAGAAGCGGAAAGGGGAAAAGGCAAAGUGCAAGAGAGUUUGGUAUCCCAUAUUCUACAUUAAAAGAUAGGUUAAAUACAAACAAUGCUUGUGCAGCACAACUAGGUCGUCAUCCUAUAUUUUCCACUGAACAAGAAAAGCGAGUGGCUGAUCGCUGCAUCUAUUUGGCAAAGAUGUUCUAUGGUCUAACGGCCACUGAUUUACGAAAAAUCGUCUACGAGUUUGCGGUUAAAAAUAAUAUCAAACACUGCUUCAACGAUGACAAAAAAAUGGCCGGUAAAGACUGGCUUCAAGCUUUCUUAAAACGGCAUCCAAAUCUUAGUUUGAGGAAACCCGAGGCAACCAGUUUAGGGAGAAUUUCGGGUUUUAAUGCUAAAAGUGUAGGCCUUUUUUCAAAAAUUUAAAUAUAGUUUUAACAAAAUAUAACUUUCAAGCCUGCCGCAUAUUUAAUGUUGACGAGACAGGCAUUACCACGGUGCAGGUUCCAUCCAAAAUUGUAGCUCCAAAAGGUGUCAAACAACUGGGAAAAGCUGUAAGUUGGGAGAGAGGUCGAAAUAUAACUCUGUGCUGCUCAGUAAGUGCAUCAGGGAUAUAUAUACCUCCGAUGUUUAUUUAUCCUAGAAUCCGAAUGUCGGAACAGCUUAAACGCAAUGGACCGGUAGGUGCCAUAUAUGAAUGCUCGGCCAAAGGCUGGAUGA